AUGAAGAUCGCCGUCCUUGCACUUGCCCUUAUGAGUGGCAUCGGCCUUGUUAUGGCCGGAGAUGGCUGCGGUGGUGGCAAAGAAUGCGAAUGCCUCUUUUCUGAUGGCUCCCACUGCUGUGUCUAUGGUGAUAACGGCGAAUCAGGCGAUACCGGUGACUGCGUCGAGGUCUGCAAGGGCGCUAAACGCGUGCUCCAGUCAGGCGAGUCCCAGCCAGCUGCCUGUAAUGCCAAUGGAAUGUUCUCCUGUGUUUCGGUUUGGAAUGCACAGUUUCGUACUCCUUGUUACAAUGACAACAACGAUGGCUAG